ACUGAUAGGAGGCAGAGGACACAAGAUGCAGAACGCUGUGGAGAAGAGGGAACAGUGGGGGAAGAAGAGAGAAUAUCUACUGGCUGUCGCAGGAAAUGUCGUGGGUCUGGGCAACGUGUGGAGAUUCCCCUACCUGUGCUAUAAGAAUGGAGGAGGCGUCUUCCUGUUGCCUUACCUCUUCUUCGCCGUGCUGUUGGGCGUUCCACUCUUCCUGCUGGAGACUGCCAUUGGUCAGUACACACAGGAGAGUGCCAUCACCUGCUGGACCAGGAUCUGCCCACUGGCAACAGGAGCUGGUUAUGCCGUCAUCGUUAUCCAGCUGUAUGCCAAAGUCUACUGCAUGAUCCUGGCCUGGGCACUACUCUACCUCAUCUACUGUUUCACUGCCACUCUGCCUUGGGCAACCUGCAGCAAUCCCUGGAACACAGACAGAUGUAUGGACCUGACUUCUGUGAACUGGACAACGAUGCACCGUGGCAACCAGACCGUCAACUUCACGUCUGGAGAUCACAGCAAGUCUUCAGUUUCUGAGUUUUGGGAGCGAGGAGUGUUGUCUAUGUCUGGGGGAAUAGAUGAGGUUGGCACCGUGAAAUGGGACGUGGUGCUGUGUCUGGUGGCCUGCUGGGUGGCCUGCUACUUCUGCGUCUGGAAAGGUGUCCACUCCACAGGAAAGGUGGUGUACAUCACGGCAGUGUUUCCCUACAUAAUGCUGGCCAUCCUGCUGGUCAGGGGGUUGACAUUACCAGGAGCCUGGCAAGGUGUUGUCUACUAUCUGUAUCCAGAACCUUCUCGUCUGGCAGACCUUCAGGUGUGGAUGGAGGCGAGUUCUCAGGUCCUCUUCUCCUAUGGUGUUGCAGAAGGAUCCAUAAUCACUCUGGGCAGCUACAACAAAGUCAAGAACAACUGUGUCAAGGACAGUCUGUGGUUGUGUGCACUCAACAGUGGCACCAGCUUCGUCGCUGGCUUUGCAGUCUUCUCGUCUCUGGGCUUCAUGGCUCAGGCUCAGGGAACCACCAUCGACAUGGUCGUCGAUUCAGGACCUGGGCUGGCGUUCAUUGCGUUUCCUCAGGCUGUAGCCAUGAUGCCUCUGCCUCAGUUGUGGGGGGCCUGCUUCUUCAUCAUGCUCAUUAUGUUGGGGUUGGACACAGUGUUUGUAGGUUUGGAAACGAUAAUAUCGUCAGUGACCGACAUAUUCCCAGGAGUUUUACGAAGACCCUGGUGCCGAGAAAUAUUCCUCCUCCUGUUCUGCUGUGUCUGCUUCACCAUACAGAUCCUUCUGACCACCCAGGGAGGAGUCUACAUUUUCCAGCUGAUUGAUUACUAUGGUUGCAGUGGAGCAUGUUUGUUAUUUGUGUGCAUGGUCCAGAGUGUGGCUGUUGGAUGGGCUUUUGGGGCUGACCGGAUGUGUGAUGCUAUAGAAGACAUGACGGGUCAGAGGCCAUGGGUCAUUUUUAAACUGUGCUGGUGUUACAUCACCCCUCUGAUCUGCUUGGUUUGCUUCAUUGGCUCCUUCCUGGACUUUCAGCCCCUAAAAACUGGGGACUAUGUGUACCCAGACUGGGCCUACUAUCUGGGCUGGUCCUUUUCUUUUUCCUCUGUCGUCUUCAUACCCAUCUGGGCCGUUUGCAAAAUCUGCCUCACCAAGACCAAGGGCUCCCUCAAACAACGUCUCUUGCUCCUGUGGCGUCCUGUUACAGAACCUGAUGGUGGCAACUUAGACAAAGUAAAUGUGGAUGAAACAGAGAUGACACCAAUGAAUACUUCUGUCUCUGACAUGUUAUGAGUCAGUAUGAGAAUUUAGAUGAUUGAUUUUCACAUAUGAUAUUUAAGCUGUAAAGCUGUAUGUAUGCAUGUGUGUAAUAUUAAAGGUGUGUUGAUU